AUACGUACAUGCUGCAACUUUAAGAUGCGAAAUGGAAUCAGGUUAUAUAGCUACGUACCUACAAGUUACGCACGGUGUGUGAAAACCUUGCAUCUACUUUCUUGAAUGAGAGGGAGAUUCACUGGGCAGAAAAACGAUACAGUGCAGACAGCCCCCAACUUUCUAUUAUUAGAUCGAGGCCCACCCUCGAUUCUGAUACUCGUACUGUCAUACACCGACAGAGCCUCCUCUUUACCGACGACAAAAUCAGCCAAUUUGGUUGGGCAACUCGGGGACCGGCCAUGAUGUUAUAAAGCUAGCUAGGUAGCAAACUGGCAGGAGGUCGCAUAUUGCUAGCAACACACUUGUCCUUGUUUUCUACGUUGAUUGGUUUCCUAUCAAUUGCCAGCUAGCUACCACUGGCAGUCAAACAAACUUUAUUUUGACGAUAAUAUUUACUACAAAACGAUUUCCUUGUUACAAUGGCCUCCACCCCUUCUGCUUCUGCCCUGUCUGCUGUCCUCCGGUGCAGGGGAAACAUAUUUGCUAGAAACAAGAAGAGGCCUCCUCCCGGCAGCGGAUACAGCCUGGGAGCAAAGUGCGGCGCCGCAGGCGAGUCGGGAGUACCUAUACUGGGCAAAGAACACGGAUGGGAAUUUGGUCAGACUUUGCAAGAAUUUAAGUCUUUUUUUCUGGGGCAACGUGUUGAAAUCAGGAAUGGUGUGUUUCUGACAGUUACGUUGGAAACAAGUAGAAAAAGCAGGACAGACACGCAUUCAAGUAAUCGAACUGCCAUCAAUGACAAAGAACGAAGAAAAGUUUCUAAGACUGAUUCGCAGAAUGAUCCAAUCGGAUCCCUCUACUUUUUACAGGCGAGUUCGUCGCGAGCGGCCCAGCAAUGUUACCGACUGAGAUUUCUGAAGGAGCCAAACUCGUCACAAACGCGUUUGUUUACUUCUGGGAUCAGGCAGUGCCUUGGGAUAAAAAACUGUGACGAAUAUGGUAUGAUUGUGCACUCAAAGAGCAAUAAAAAACUUUUGGGAAAAUUAUUGGACUCAGCCACUUGGAAGGUUUUGUGUAUAUCAAUUAGUUAUUUACCUAAAUCGGAUAGAGCCGGCGAACAAAUCUCUGAACCAGUUGCAUUGUGUUGGAAAGGCUGGACGACUCUCAAGAAUGGAUGCAUUAUAUUGACUGCAGUUAUUUCUGAAAUGCUGCGGAUGCAACUUGGAAUGGAAAACGGUCGUCUUUCGAUUCCAUCCGUCUUCAAACCUGCUGUUCUAGAAAACCCGAAGUCUCGCUCCGUCAAACGCCGGUCCUUGUCAAUCAGUCACAGCGCCCAAACAAUGGAAAAUGAUUUGAAUGGGCAAAGUGGGGAUACUACCGGUCAGAAAGUGAAGCUAGGAGGGCUUGGAACAAGUGGUGAACAUCAGCCUCUUGGAGGAAUCACCAAAAUGGGCAAGCUGGACUGAGGGCUUUUGCACAGAACAUUACCGCAGAACGGCAGAAAUUGAUACAAACGAUGCUUGAUGACAUUAGUUCUUGUUAGCACAUCCCUAUGCUAACAAGUAACAAAAUCUAUAUCCCUGACUGAAUUCCACCCCCACCCCCUCCCCCUCUACAUUAUGUAAGAAGGGCUGUGUACUUCAGCAAUGCAAAAAAAUAAAAUAAAAAAUCAUAAAAUAGGACUUUUUGUUUUUGUAGGUGUAACAGGAGCUAAUUAUCCAAAGAACUGUGGGCUCAAACUUUUAUUUUAUUUUUUUGUACGAAAUAUUUCCACCACCGGGGUAGAGUGCCAAGAAAUAUGAUUUUUAUUCAAGUUCAUUAUAAAUGUAAACAAAAUGCCUGAGUACACAUCACAACCUGUGAUAGGUGAGAGGACAUCAUGACCUGCCAAUUACAACCAGCAGGGGGUGUCGUUUGCUGGCCAAAUGUCAACAAAAAAAAGAAAAGGAAAAACGAAGGAAAAUGAGUGAUUGUGAGAACUACACAUUCAGACAGUCUAGGAUCAAAAUUUGACUCCUUGGCUGAGGCUAAUUUUAAGUGAAAUAAAUACAUGCUCGCAUUAGAAUUUGCAAGUGGACUAGGUUUCCCGAUGUCCUCAGGAUGGUUCACCUAAUAUCCCUACUUUAGUAAAAUCACAUACCUGGAUUAACUUUUUCCAUGUGAAUUUUUUGCUCAUAUGUGUACAACCCUGGUAAGAAUUAAAGUUCUUAAACACGGGUGAACAAAACAAUUGGAGGUGGAUAUAGUGGGAAAUCAUUGGAUACAAUCAGUAGAUACAGUGGUCAGGGACAAUGUUAGGAAACUUUAGUGACUGGCAAAUUCACACAUAACGGCAUUAACUGAAGUAAAAUAAUUCAUAUAAAUGCAAUAAGGCUAUUUCAGAUGAGUGUACAGUAUUUGAGAAAAUGCCCUUGGCUUCCAGAUGAAAGAAGGAUAAUAUACACUGUAUUCCUAAAGUUAGGUGAACUUUCAUGCAAUUCUAAGAAAUAUUUGUACUAUCAUUAUAGUAAUGACUUGCAGCUGAACACUAUGAUGUGGACACUUUUUUCGAUUUUGAUUUGAAAUAUAAACGCUACUGCAUGCCAAAACCUGUUAGCCUAGAGAUUAGGGAGAUGCAAACUAUUGUAGAAGCAAAGGGUGACAUUCAGCUGUGAAAACUCCUAACCUACCCUACUUCACACUGGAUAUUAGGUAUCACUACAUUUUAUGGGGUUUCCUUUAAUGUGCUGGAAAUCAACCUAUUAACUGCCACAGUCCUUCUAAAUGUUACAGUGUUGAUAUUAGAUGUGUCUGAAUGGUUGCUUGUGGAAAUGAUUCAGGUUUGAACAAAAUAAAAGUUGACAUUUUUGGC